CGUGAUCAUCAUCAUCUUCAGUGAUGGAGGGAGUCUCUCGUGCUAACAGUCUCUUCGCUCUGGAUCUCUAUCGGGCUCUGAGCGCCAGCAGUGCUGAGGGAAACAUCUUCUUUUCUCCAUUGAGCAUCAGUGCAGCGCUCAGCAUGGUCUACUUGGGGGCCCGAGGAGACACUGCUGGAGAAAUGGAGAAGGUCUUGUGCUUCAGUUCUGUCUCUGAUUUUCACGCUCAUUUCAAGACCCUCAUCUCAUCUAUCAACAGUCCAUCAGCCUCCUACAUCCUCAGACUGGCCAACCGCCUCUAUGGAGAGAAAACUUUCAGCUUCUUACCUAUGUAUGUGGACUCCACUAUGAAGCUUUAUCACGCUGAACCUCAGACUGUGGACUUCAUUAGAGCAGCAGAUGACUCUCGCCAGUUCAUUAACAAAUGGGUGGAAAAGCAGACAGAGAAUCAAAUUAAAGAUCUUCUUCAGCCUGGUGUGGUAAAUGAGAUGACCAGACUACUUCUAGUUAAUGCCAUCUACUUCAAAGGGAACUGGAUGCACACAUUUGAUGCACAUGCGACUAAAGAAAUGCCAUUUAAAAUAAACCAGAAUGAGAGUCGGCCUGUGCAAAUGAUGGAUCAGGUGGAAAAUUUUCCCUACAGAUGCAUCCCAGAGUAUAAACUGCAGGUGCUGGAGUUGCCAUAUACACAGCAGGAGCUCAGCAUGUUGAUCCUUCUUCCAGAUGAAAUCAAGUAUGGAUCUGAUCCUCUUCUCAAGCUGGAGAGCGAGUUGAACCUCCAAAAGCUGCUUGACUGGACCAGUAGAGGCAAAAUGGACACAUGGAGAAAGAUCAUUGUCCGUCUGCCAAAGUUCAAGUUGGAGAUUGAGAGCUGUCUAUCAGAAACACUGGAAAAGAUGGGCAUGAGCUCUGUGUUCCAGGAAACCAAGGCUGAUCUGACAGGCAUGAGCAGUAAUGGUGGUCUCUUUCUUUCAGCAGUGAUUCACAAGGCUUUUGUUGAGGUCAAUGAGGAAGGAACUGAAGCAGCAGCAGCAACUGCAUUGUUAUUACCAAUCAGUGCUUGUCAAGGUGCAUUUCAUGAUUUCAUAGCCGAUCAUCCCUUCAUGUUCUUCAUCAGACACAACCCCACUAACAGCAUCCUUUUUCUGGGCAGAUUCAGAGCCCCAUCCUAGCUAUGUAGUUCUUUUUCUUUGUUAUAUCAAAAGAAAUAUAAUUCACAUAUUAUUUAAUAAGCUUUUCUCAAUCUUAAUCAUGGAAAAAUGCGUUGCAUGUCUUCUGGUUUUACAAACUUACUAUUUUAAUGAGGUUAUUUAGUUAUGGGACAUCUAAAAUUACACCUUUAUCUACACAAAGAGUCUUGAGAGUUUUAUUUAUCAGAUGUCAUUUCCAGCUCACAGUGUUAAAGUAAUGCUAAAUUCAGUGGCAUGGAGAUGGAGAAAGGUCAAGAUGAUUACAAGGGCCCGGA